UGAUGCAGAAUUCGUGCGCCUGAUGCAUGAUCUCCAGUCAACAGAAAUUGUUGGCCACAAGUACCGUGGGUACACACUUCUCACACAGGAUGGCAGUAACCUGAGGAGUAUUAAAUUCUACCCUGGAAGCAAGCAGCCUGUCUGGUUUGUGUUCACUGGUAUAGGCUCACAGUGGCCAGGUAUGGGGAAAUCCCUCCUCACACUGCCAGUUUUCGCAGCUGCCAUCAACAAGUGUCAGGAAGCUCUGAAGCCACAUGGUGUAGAUGUCAUCAAUAUCAUAACAUCUGAUGAUUCCAGACGCUUCAGUAACAUCCUAAAUUGCUUUGUGGGCAUUGCAGCUUUCCAGGUUGGGCUAGUGGACAUCAUGAGGGCAGUGGGAAUUGAGCCAGAUGGCUUUGUGGGCCUCUCGCUGGGAGAGCUGGGCUGCAGUUACAUGGACCACUGCUUCUCAGCUGAGCAGAUGAUGUUGGUAGCAUACUACUGUGGCCGUGCAAUCCUAGAAACAGAGCUCAUCAGGGGUUCAAUGGCUGUAGUCUGUCUUGGGGCUCAGGAAGCCAGGAAGCUGUGCCCACCUGACAUUGAGGUGGCAUGCCACAAUGGCCCUAAAUUUUGCACACUCUCAGGUCCAGCUGAGCCUAUGAAGAAGUUUCUGAAAAUUCUACAGGAAGAUGGCAUAUUUGCUGAGAUGAUGGACUGUGGCAACAUUGCUCAUCACAGCAAGCACAUGUCUCCAGUUGGGCCUCUCCUUCUCAAGUACCUGAAGGAGUUUAUCCCACAUGCAAAGCCCCGGUCUCCUCACUGGGUGAGCUCUUCAGUUCCACAGAGUGAAUGGAACAGUCCAACAGUAACACAUUCAUCAGCUGAGUACAUCACCAACAACCUGCUUAAUCCUGUGCUUUUUGAGGAGGCAUCACGACAUAUCCCGCAUAAUGCCAUCACUAUUGAGAUUGCUCCACAUGGGCUACUGCACCCCAUCCUGGAGCGUUCCCUCAACAAGGGCAUUACCAACAUUGCCCUUACACAACGAGGUUACCCAGACUCCACUGAGUGGCUUCUCACUGCUCUGGGCAAAUUGUACGAGCUGGGUUUGCAGCCACAGCUGGCAAACUUGUAUCCCCCAGUUCAGUAUCCUGUAAGCAGGGGGACUCCAAUGAUUUCACCACUGGUCCGCUGGGAGCACUCAGAGGACUGGUACGUCAUGCACUGCACGACAGAGCCCAAAUUCAGAUCUGGUGAGCAAUCUGUGUCCAUCAGCUUGCAGGAUGAAUCAACGGAAUACUUGUCAGGACAUAUUGUUGAUGGCAGAAAUCUGUUUCCUGCCACAGGCUACCUUGAACUUGUGUGGAAGUCAGUUGGGCUGAUGACUGGACAAAAUUAUACCGAAGUACCAAUUGUGUUUGAGGAUGUACGGUUCCACAGGGCUACUAGCAUACCCAAGCAAGGAAACCUACACUUCACUGUUAUGAUCCAGAAAGUGAGUGGGAAGUUUGAAGUAACAGAGAGUAAUGCACCAGUUUUGAGUGGUUCAGUGCGGGUGCCCACAAACAUCUCCCAUGAAAUGGUGGCAUUGGAGCCCCCCAGGCCAAUUGUUAAUGAAGACCUGCUUGAACUUUCAUCAGAAGAUAUCUAUAAGUAUUUUCGUCUGUGUGGAUAUGAAUAUGAAGGGCUUUUCCGUGGCCUUGUUUGUGCAGACAACCAUGGUCAUACAGGAAAGGUCUGCUGGAAAGACAACUGGAUUGCAUUCCUUGACAGUGUGUUGCAAAUGAAAAUCUUUGGAAAAGAUUCACGAGAUCUCUCACUUCCAACUUCACUCCAGAAACUCACCAUAGACCCUAAGCAGCAUGCUGCUGAAGUCCAGAAACUUAGCAGUAAGAACAGUGAAGUUGUGGUCCCAGUGCUUGUCUACAAGGAGCUGAACAUCAUCCAGUCAGCAGGUGUGGAAUUUCGAGGGCUGAAAGCAAGUGAAAUAUCUCGGCACAAGCCCCUGAGGAAACCUGUGCUAGAGAAAUAUGUGUUGACACAGAAUGUAGAGCCUGAACACCUGGACUUACACACCGCAUUGCGGGUGUGCGUGCAUAUCACUUUGGAGAACCAGCCGGUCCCCCAGAUGAAAGUGGUGGAGCUGCACACCCAAGGCUCCACACCUCUUGCACCUACUGUGGCCCUCAUCCUUGCAGACAGGCCGCUUUCAAAGGGAGACAUAACAGUCCUGGCAAAGGCAGGUGACCUGUCAGGGACAGACCUGGACAUGACAGGGAUCAAGGUUGAAGAACAUGAACUGUGGGAAGAGCAGAAUUGCACACUGGUUAUUGCAUCAAACAUCCUGCUUCAUAGAGAACUGCUGCAGACUGCGGUGAAUGCCCUGGCUGAUGGGGCCUGCCUCCUGGCUCGUGAGAAAGUUGACACAGAGAGUGUGGUCAGCAAUGGCUUCAGACUCGAAACUGUGUUUGAGAAGACUCUGAAGGAUGAGAAGCUGCUGUUGCUCAGGAAGAUCCGGACGUGUUUCUUUAUUCUUGACACAUCAGCACCCCCGUUUGAUGUGAAUUUGGUGCUGUACAGCCAGCAGCUGAGCAAAGAUCUUGUCAUGAAUGUAUACAGUGGUGGAAAGUGGGGGUCAUACCGACACCUCCCUCUAGACAGCUGUGCCACUGUCACUACACCACAUGCAUGGCUCAACAUCAUGACCCCAGGAAAUCUGUCCAGCUUCAAAUGGUUGGAGGGAAAUCUGGACCCUGAAAGGGUACAAGCAAAACCGGAUGAGAAAUUGGUUCAAAUUUAUUACUCUGCCCUUAAUUUCCGAAAUGUGCUGUUGGCAACUGGGAAUGUUGCAGUAAAUGUCUCUGUAGAGGAUCACCUCAUCCAGAACAAUGUUCAAGGGCUGGAAUUCUCUGGACGUGAUCACAGGGGACGGCGUGUCAUGGGAAUAGUAUAUGGUCUGGCCCUAGCCUCUGUGCUGCAGGCAGACAAAGCGAUGCUGUGGGAUGUACCUGAUCACUGGACACUUGAGGAUGCAGCAACUGUGCCUAUGGUCUAUGUAACAGCUUACUAUGUACUGGUGGUGGUUGGAGGCAUGAAGAGGGGUGAGUCAGUGCUUAUCCACUCAGGCACUGGGGGUGUUGGUCAGGCAGCUAUCAACAUUUGUCUUCAUACAGGAUGCACAGUGUACACCACUGUUGGGACUAAGGAGAAACGGGAAUUCAUCAAAAAGCAAUACCCACAGUUAACUGACCACAACAUUGGCAACUCUCGAGACACGUCAUUCGAGCAGCUCAUUUUAACAGAGACAAAUGGCAGAGGAGUGGACCUUGUCCUCAACUCCCUUUCUGAAGAGAAGCUGCAGGCUUCUGUGCGCUGUCUUGCCCAUCGAGGACGAUUCCUGGAGAUUGGCAAAUCUGACCUUGCCAACAACAGCCUUCUUGGCAUGGAGGUGUUCCUGAAGGGGACGAGCUUCUAUGGUGUAAUGUUAAACAAAGUGGUCUCUAAAUCCCCUGAGUAUGAGAAGAUUGUGCGUAAUAUGUUGACUGAAGGCAUCUCUGCAGGUGUUGUGCAACCCCUACACAGGACUGUGUUUCCUGACACCGAGGUGGAACAGGCUUUCAGGUACAUGACAACCGGGAAACAUAUAGGCAAAGUGCUGGUGCAGAUUCGACUGGAGGAAGACAGUAAAGUGGUUAUGCCUGUACCGCGGCUGAUGCAGGCUUACCCAUGGUACUUCUGCAACCCCAGCUACAGUUACAUAAUUGCAGGUGGCUUGGGAGGUUUUGGUCUGGAGCUUGCUGACUGGCUUGUGUUACGAGGUGCUCGUAAACUGGUGCUGUCAUCUCACAGUGGUUUAAAAACUGGCUACCAGAGUUUCCGUUUGAGAACAUGGCGCAGCUGUGGUGCCACAGUUGUCAUAUCUUUGGCUGACAUAACCACAAAGAGUGGUGUAAGAGCUCUGUUAUCAGAAGCAAACAGACUGGGCCAGGUGGAUGCCAUAUUCAACCUGGCUAUGGUGCUGCGAGAUGCAGUCCUGGAGAACCAAACUGAAGCGGACUUUGUCACUUCUGCAGGACCCAAGGCAGUGGCAGCACAUCACUUAGAUGAGUUAUCUCGCCAAAUGUGCCCAUAUCUGCGCCAUUUUGUAAUGUUUUCCAGUGCAGCAUGUGGACAUGGUAAUGCAGGACAAACCAACUAUGGCAUGAACAACUCCAUCAUGGAGCGCAUCUGUGAGGCCCGUGUCAGAGAUGGGUUGCCAGGCCUUGCUGUGCAGUGGGGUGCAGUGGGGGAUGUGGGACUGGUGGCAGAGAUGCAGGAGGAACAGAAAGACAUAGUGAUAGGAGGCACCUUACCACAGAGAAUUGUAUCAUGUCUUGAGGUGCUUGAAGGAUUCAUGAGGCAGUCGUGCCCUGUAGUGUCAAGCAUGGUUGUGGCGGAUAAAGAUGCAAGAAGUGAUGGAUGUGCAACUGUAGUGGACUGUGUCAGCCGUAUUAUGGGUAUUCAUAACCUGAAGACCAUUAGUCCAGAUUCCACAUUGUCAGAGCUGGGCAUGGACUCUUUGACCAAUGUGGAAGUUAAGCAGUCCCUUGAACGAGAAUUUGGAGUGUUUCUCACGCCAAAAGAGAUCCGCAGCUUGACAUUUGCACGCCUCAGUGAGAUGGCUGAAAAGGGGAAGGAAGAACUGGUAUCAGAAGCUCCGUCUGUUGAUGAUGAUGGACCUAGUGAGGGGCUGCAGUUGUUGCUGAGUGUGAUAGGGGAUGAGGCAUCUUCAGCACAGCCUGUUGUGCACCUGCCAUCAGCAGCUGGAGGUUGGGCAGAUGUAGAAGAUGAGAUGAAGAAAGGACCAGUACUGUUCAUGUUGCCUGGAGUGGAAGGUGCAGCAUGUGCCCUUGAGCCUCUGGCCAAGAACCUCAAGUACCAGACAGUGUGCCUACAGCUGAACUACAGAGACUUUGGACAGACAAUUCGAGACAUGAUUCAGGCCCUGCUGCCACACAUACACAGCAGGCUAGCACCAGGGGCACCAUUCAGUUUACUGGGUUACUCAUUUGGAGGGUUGCUGGCACUGGAACUGGCCCUGGAACUAGAGGCAGAGGGGCGGGAGGGACAGCUGUACCUAGUGGAUAGUGCUCCAGAAUUCUCGAAGUUACUAGUCAAACAUGUGGUGGGUAGCGAUGAGAAGAAGUUCGAGACCAGUGUCANUCUCUUAUGCAGAAUGUUCAGUGUCAUUGCACCACAUGAAGCUACAGCAGCAGCUGUCAGUAAGUUGACUCAGGAGAUUACGCCUAUGAAGACCUGGGACGAGAAGGCAGAUCAUGUGUUCACUUCACUUCCUGUGUUAAAAGAGAGAGCUCAGCACUAUAUAGCUGUUGCUAAGAUGAUCAUGUAUCGCUUAAAGGCUGCUGCAGUCUAUGAGUGGAACCCCAGUAAGAGAAUCAAGUCUCAUACUAUUCUUCUGAGGCCUACUUCAGCAGCAUUUGAAGCAGAGGAAGAUUAUGGACUCUCAAAGCUGUGUGAGAAAGCGGAGGUACAUUUCGUGCCUGGAAACCAUGUGACAAUGCUGGAUAAGAAGGAAACUGCUGCUGUCAUCAACAGGCAGUUGGUAAUACCUGAGGCAUUACAGCAUCAGUGACCAACGUUUACUGUCCAAAUAAUUUUCUUUGGUCACAAAGAAACAACUUCAGUUGUUUUAUUUCAUAUCUAAAACAGUUACAGCAUGAUUAGGACAAUGUAUGUUAGGUCAUAAACAUGUUUUUAUAAUAUUAUGUA